AUGACUCGAUCUUGGCUGACUCUGGCUGUGUUACUUUUGCUCACAACACUUGUACUUGCAGCUCCAAAGGAACGUAUUCGACGUAGCAGCGGAGAAGGCGGCGACUGUGGAGGCGGAGGAUGCGGAGGGUGUGGUUGGGGAGGAUGUGAUGGCGGUGAUGGUGGUGAUGGAGGCGAUGGUGGAAAUGGUGGUGGAAGCGGAGGUGGCGGAGAUGGCGGAGAUUGUGGAGGUGACGGAGGGUGUGAUGGUGGUGAUGGUGGAGAUGGUGGUGACGGUGGUGACGGUGGCUGCGGCGGUGACGGUGGGGAUGGUUGUGGGGAUGGAGAUAGCUCAGGUUCUAGCUCUGGUUAUGAUAGCAGUAGCGAGGAAGACUGCGGUGGAGCCUGUGGUGGCGGUGGUGGUGGCGGCUUUCAAGCUUUUCACGCUCCAGAAAUUGUCCCAGUUCAAGCCCCAGUUGCAGCCCCAGAGCCUUAUCCUGUUCAUGUCCCUAUGCCACAUGCACCAGAAGUCCACUAUGAAGUUAUCGAGAAGCCGGUCUAUGUACAUGUACCAAUGGCUGCACCUGCACCAGACAGUGGAGACGAGGACACUGAUGGUGAAGAUGGCGGUGAUGGCGGUGAUGGCGGUGACGAUGGUGCCGGGGGAGAUGGGGGUGAUGAUGCUGGUGCUGGUGGUGGUGGUGGUGCUGCUGCUGCUGCUGAAGGUGGUGCCAGUGCUGGUGCUGGUGCUGGUGGUGCUGGUGGUGCUGGUGCUGCUGAAGGAGGUGUCAGUGGGGAUGGCGAUGCUGGUGCUGCUGCUGGUGCUGGUGCUGCUGGUGCUGCUGGUGCUGCUGAAGGUGGUGCCAGUGGGGAUGGCGAUGCCGGCGAUGAUUGGGGAUGGCGAUGCCGGUGGUGA